GAGCAUGCUUAAGCAGUAGAGAGUGCCUGUUUUGCGAACGGAGCGUGCCAUAGCUGGAAAGAUGGCGGCUUCAGCGUUACGCCGAGGCUUGCUGAGCACUGUCAGUAAAUACAACAAGAAACACACUCUCAGAAUACUGUGUGUCGUAGACAGCAGCAGCAGCAGCAGCAGCAGCAGCAGCAGCGGGUUUGAGGUGUUCAGACCGCGGGUAGAAUGCCGAGCCUGCGGACUGCCCAGCGGCGUUCAGCAGAGGAGGUACAUGUCCUCACGGAGCAGGCCUGAAGGGAAGAUUUUGGAAACAGUGGGAGUGUUUGAGGCUGUGAAGCAGCACGGCAAAUAUGAAACGGGACAGCUGUUUCUCCACAGUGUGUUUGGCUACAGAGGCAUUGUCUUGUUUCCCUGGCAUGCCCGACUUUAUGACCGAGACAUCACCCCUCCCAUGGCUGAAAGCAAACCUGAGCCUCCAGGUGCCCACGGUUCCAAGGAGGUGAAGGGGAAGACUCACACCUACUACCAAGUCCUGAUUGACACUAGGGACUGUCCUCACAUAUCUCAGAGAUCCCAGACAGAGGCAGUGACGUUUCUGGCCAAUCAUGAUGACAGCAGAGCCCUGUACGCCAUCCCAGGUCUGGACUAUGUGAGCCAUGAAGACAUCCUGCCCUAUAACUCUGCAGAGCAGAUUCCCAUCCAGCAUGAGCUGUUUGAGCGCUUCCUCUUGUUCAACCCUGCCAAAUCUCCUCCGUUUACAGCCAGAGACACCCUGAAGGCGUGGCAGGAGAAGAACCACCCUUGGUUGGAGCUUUCAGAUGUACACCGGGAGACCACCGAGAACAUCCGAGUCACUGUCAUCCCCUUCUACAUGGGCAUGAGGGAGGCCCAGAACUCCCACGUUUAUUGGUGGCGGUACUGCAUCCGUCUGGAAAACAUGGGUAACGAGGUGGUUCAGCUGAGAGAGAGGCACUGGAGGAUCUUCAGCCUGUCAGGAACCCUGGAGACGGUCCGAGGACGUGGUGUCGUAGGCAGGGAGCCAGUGUUGUCUAAAGAACAGCCAGCCUUUCAGUAUAGCAGCCAUGUGUCUCUACAAGCCCCCAGUGGUCAUAUGUGGGGGACGUUUCGUAUUGAAAGGACUGAUGGCUCCCACUUUGAUGUCCGCAUUCCUCCUUUCUCCCUGGAGAGCAACAAAGAUGACAAAGCGCCCCCCGCUGGCUACACAUUUUAAAUGAGAGUUGUCCCUUUCCCCUGUAACAUUGCCUCAGCCUUGAGCAUAAGACUAGCCCUCCAUGUUGUGUUUGAGGAGACUUGCACAGUCAAGUGGAAGACCAUUGGGAGUUAGGGAGAAGAGUCAAUGUUGCCAAGCUGAGUUGGACAUGUUGUGCUUUCAAUAGCUGAGAUAUUGAGCAGGUUGUUUUAAAGUGACAGAAUUUCCCGCUGAGCUCUGCUGUCAUGAAAAGAGCAACAACUCCAGCUGAGCUUCAUACUGAGGCCUCAGUUGGAUACCUCAAGUUAACAUGUAAGACAACAGUUAAACCACAUGUUAGAAUCUCCUUGAUAUUAUUGUUUUGAAUUUAUGAAAACAUGACGCAUGACUUUGAUCCUGGACCCAAUUUUACUGUCAUGUUUUAAUUAUAAUUUUCACAGUUUUCGUAUGUCAGACCACUGUGGGCCACUUACGACAGGGAAAUCCAAUUGAAAUCUGGGCCAGUGAAGUUAGUGUUUUACAACAUUGAAGCACAGUGGAUAGAACUAGGGUCUGUUUGACACUGAUCAAAGACUCUUUAAUGUCAAAAUGAAAUAAAAUCUCUGCAAAUAAUUCUCAGUAAAAAUAUACAAAACAAUAUUUUUUAUAUUCACCUUUGUGUCAUAUAGUAGAUAACACAUUUGGCAGCAGUUAUAGCCUUCUGCAGUCUGUAGAAAGUUGUAUUAAAUUUGGACAUCUUGGUAUACAGUCUUAGGUCCCCUGGUGGUCUCCCUCAGCGCCCUUCUCACAUGGGAAAUGCAGAUUUUGAGGAUGGCUUACCCUAUGCAGAUUUAUAGCUGUGCCAUAUUUGUUACUUUUUUGUGUGACUGACUCAGCUCACUUUCUCAGAAAUGCUCUUGUAUCCUUCCUCUGAGUGGUCAUUUUUGAUAAACCUUUUAUAGAUUUAUGUGGAGAGUAGUUUUGUCUUCAUGAUGCCAUUACUGCCAGGAAAUGGAAAAAAAAAACAGCCAACAAACCUUUCAGAUAUAGAUGUAUUUAACCCUAAAAGUCACAUCUUGACUUCUUAGUGAUGUCCAUUAAAAGGGUACUGUGACUAAUAAAAACAAUUAGCUGCUCCAGUUAUAAGUUUAGGUUUGACACUAAAGGGAGUGAAUACUUACACCAUCAAAUAAUUUGUGAUUGCAUUCUUUUAAGAGAUCUGGUUCCCCUUUGACAAUUAAAUUCUUGUUUUUUUAUCAGUGCCUCA